UUCAGACAUCAUUAUUUUUCAUUUGAGUUCUCAUUCAUAGGAGGGUUUUUACUUUUAUCUUCGUCAUGUCUCUGUUCUUUCCUUUAUAGGUUGGGAUUGAAGGACGCUAUUGUAUUCCAUCCAACUCCAUCCAGCAGAUAUACACUCCAAAGCCGAUCGCUGGUUAUCAUAAUAUUCCCAAAUACAAGCUCCGUUCGACCGCUUCACAUGGCAGUCUUUUGACGCGUCACCAUGUUUGAGGCUCACGUGUUGCAUCUGCUUCGAAAAUAUUUGGGCGAAUAUGUUCAUGGACUUUCUGCAGAAGCUUUAAAGAUCAGUGUCUGGAAAGGUGAUGUUGUUCUUAAAGACUUGAAGUUGAAAGCGGACGCACUUAAUUUACUAAAGCUUCCUGUCACUGUCAAAGCUGGUUUUGUUGGUGCAAUAACACUAAAGGUCCCAUGGAAGAGUCUGGGCAAAGAGCCUGUUAUUGUUCUUAUAGAUCGUGUCUUCAUUCUUGCCAAUCCUGCUCCCGAUGGAUGGAUGCUCAAGGAGGAAGACAGGGAAAAACUAUUUGAAGCCAAACUUCAACAGAUUGAGGAAGCAGAAUUGUCAACCCUUGAAGCAAAAGCUAGAUCAAAGCAGGGAAAUCCACCUGUUGGAAAUUCAUGGUUGGGUUCUCUAAUUUCUACCGUAAUUGGAAAUCUCAAGAUUUCCAUCAAUAAUGUUCAUAUCAGAUAUGAGGAUUCCAUCAGUAAUCCGGGACAUCCAUUUUCUUCAGGAAUCACUUUAGCAAAACUUGCCGCUGUUACAAUGGAUGAGCAGGGUAAUGAAACCUUUGAUACCAGUGGUGCGUUGGAUAAAUUGCGAAAGUCUUUGCAACUUGAGAGGCUAGCUGUUUAUCAUGACUCGAACAAUUCUCCCUGGAAGAUUGAUAAGAAAUGGGAAGAUCUUAGUCCGGAGGAAUGGAUUGAGAUAUUUGGAGAUGGUAUUAAGGAACCUUCAUCUGAUCCUGGAAUGGUUUCUAUUUGGGCUUGUAAUCGCAAAUACUUGGUCUCACCUAUCAAUGGAGUUCUUAAAUAUUAUCGUCUUGGAAAUCAAGAAAGAAAGGAACCAGAAAUUCCUUUGGAGAAGGCAUCACUUGUUGUCAGCGAUGUUUCUUUAAUGAUUACAGAGGCCCAGUAUCGUGAUGUUAUAAAACUUAUGGAAGUCAUAUCGAGAUAUAGGACACAUGUUGAUGUAUCUCACUUGAGACCCUUUGUGUCAGUUUUGGAGGAUCCUCAUGUUUGGUGGCGUUAUGCUGCUCAGGCCAGUCUGCAGCGGAAAAAAAUGUGUUGUCAAUUCUCCUGGGACAGAAUUCAGCACCUUUGUCAACUUCGUCGCCAUUAUAUUCAACUAUAUGCUGCUUCACUACAACUGUCAAACGUUGAUAACUCUGAAAUGAGGGAUGUUGAGAAAGAUCUGGAUUCUAAAGUAAUCCUUUUAUGGAGGUUACUUGCACAUGCUAAGGUUGAAUCUGUAAGAUCAAAACAAGCAGCACAAAGAAGAGGCCAAAUGAAAAGAAGCUGGUUUUCUUUUAGAUGGGGUACUUCUUCUGAAGAUACCUCUGAUGAAAAUUGUCCAGAGGGAUCACAGUUGAUGGAGGAAAGGCUUACUAAAGAAGAAUGGCAGGCAAUUAAUAAAAUACUGAGCUACCAACCGGAUGAAGAGUUGGCUUUCCAUUCAGGAAAGGAUAUACAGAAUAUCAUGCGGUUUUUGGUGAAUGUCUCUAUUGGUCAGGCGGCUGCACGUAUCAUUGAUAUCAAUCAGACAGAGAUUCUUUGUGGUAGAUUUGAAGAACUUCAUGUCACCACAAAGGUUUAUAGUCAAAGCACCCAUUUUGACGUGUCGUUGAGAUUCUAUGGCUUAUCUUCUCCUGAAGGUUCACUUGCACAGAGUUUUAGCAGUGGGAAGAAGGUGAAUGCUUUAACUGCAAGUUUUGUGCAUUCACCAGUUGGGGAGAAUGUAAACUGGCUUCUUUCGGCAGCAAUUUCUCCAUGCCAUGUUACGGUUUUGAUGGAAAGUUGCGACCGGUUUUUAGAGUUUCUAAAGAGGAGUAAUGCAGUUAGCCCUACUGUUGCUUUGGAGACUGCAACUGCUUUGCAGAUGAAGCUAGAGAAAGUGACUCGUAGAGCUCAAGAGCAGUUUCAAAUGGUGUUGGAAGAGCAAAGCAGAUUUGCACUUGAUAUUGAUUUUGAUGCUCCUAAAGUUCGAGUUCCUCUGCGAACACGUUCAUCUACCAAAUGUGAUGGUCAUUUUCUUUUGGAUUUUGGUCAUUUCACAUUGCACACCAAAAAUGAUCAGUGUGAUGAACAGAGGCAAAGCAUGUAUUCCCGUUUUUAUAUAUCUGGACAAGACAUCGCUGCUUUCUUUACGGAUUGUGGUCCAGACCAUGGGAAAUGCACCCUGGUCACUUCAAAUUUUGGUAGUCAACUUUCUGGAUCCCCUACCUCUAAUGAUAUUGAUAAAGUCCUUCCUCUGGUGGAUAGGUGUGGGAUGGCAGUGAUUGUUGAUCAGAUCAAAAUUCCUCAUCCACGUUACCCAUCAACACGGGUUUCCUUUCAAGUGCCCAAUCUUGGCAUUCAUUUCUCACCAGCUAGGUAUUACCGAAUUCUGGAAUUAUUAAAGAUAAUCUAUAGUAUGCUGGGAAACAGAGGUCAGGAUACCAUUGAAAAUUCCCAAAUUGGUCUAGCACCUUGGAGUCCUGCAGACCUUGCUACCGAGGCUAAAAUUCUCGUUUGGAGGGGAAUUGGUAAUUCUGUAGCUGAGUGGCAGCCUUGUUUUGUUGUGUUAUCUGGACUGUAUCUUUAUGUCUUCGAGUCUGAAGCGUCCCAGAGUUACCAAAGAUGUGCAAGUAUGGCUGGUCGACAAGUAUAUGUAGUUCCUCCAACAAGUAUUGGUGGUUCUCUAUUUUCUAUUGCUGUGGCUUUUAGAAGAGUGGACACUCUGAAGGCUCUGGAAUCUUCUAGCACCUUGAUUAUAGAGUUUCAAGAUGAGGAAGUGAAAGAUACUUGGCUGAGAGGACUUACACGAGCCACUUACAGGGCUUCUGCGCCUCCAUCUGUUGAUUUACUUGAAGAAACAAGUGAUGGUGUGAAUGAACUUACUGAACCUCAACCUGCUGAUCUUAAAACAGCCGACCUUGUUAUUAAUGGGAUAUUGGUGGAAACAAAGUUAUUAAUAUAUGGAAAGACUAAAGGUAAAGAUACUGAGCAAGUUAAGGAGAAGCUAAUUCUUGAGAUAAUUGCUGGUGGUGGAAAGGUACACCUUAUUCAAUGGUGUGGGGACCUUACGGUCAAGACAAAGCUACACUCUCUUAAAAUUAAAGAUGAGCUUCAAGGUUGUUUAUCUACAUCUCCACAAUAUCUGGCCCGUUCUGUGCUGAAUGAUGACAUUAUAGUUGCUUCUCCUAGUGUGAAUGCUAAUAAUGGGAAAGAGUCGUCUACGGUGCUUCUGGAGGAGGAUGAUAUUUUCAAAGAUGCUUUGUCAGAUUUCACAUGCAUCCAUGAUCCUGCGUUUUGUUCUGGCACAAAGCUGGGUACUUUGGAUGUCAGUGACCCCUGUGAUGGGGUUGAUUCAGUUGAAGCUUUGAUGCAGGAUACUACAGCAAAGAGGAAGGGAGUUAUACGUGAGAUGUUCUAUGAGGCAGAAGGAAAUGGUGCUUCUGAUUUUGUGGUGGUUAACUUUUCAACAAUAGAUUCUGGUUCGCCUGUUUAUGAUGGUAUAGAUACACAGAUGAGCAUUCGCAUGUCCAAACUGGAAUUCUUCUGCAACAGGCCUACUCUUCUUGCUUUAAUUGGCUUUAGCUUGGACCUGAGCUCUGCAGGUUCUGCUGCAAGCUGCACAGAGGAAAAUGAUAUUCCAAGAGUUAAGGCUUCUCAUAACAGAGAAAAGGCAGAAGAAAAUGCACGCCUUUUUGUUAAAGGAUUGUUAGGUUACGGUAAAGGACGUGUGGUAUUUCAUCUAGUUAUGGAUGUUGACAGUGUGGUUGUUUUCCUCAACAAGGAGGAUGGCUCUCAGCUUGCAAUGUUUGUGCAAGAAAGUUUUCUUUUGGAUCUGAAGGUUCAUCCGAGUUCUUUUUCUAUAGAGGGCACACUAGGAAAUUUCAGGCUCUGUGAUAUGUCCCUCGGAGCAGAUCAUCGAUGGGGUUGGCUUUGUGAUAUACGUAAUCAAGGAGUCGAAUCCCUCAUCAAGUUUACAUUUAAUUCUUAUAGCGCUGAAGAUGAUGAUCAUGAAGGAUAUGAUUAUAGCUUGCAUUGCCGCCUUUCCGCAGUACGCAUUGUUUUCCUUUAUAAGUUUGUUCAGGAGAUAACUUCAUACUUCAUGGAACUUGCCACUCCACAUUCUGAAGAAGCAAUUAAGCUUGUUGAUAAAGUUGGGGACUUUGAGUGGCUGAUUCAGAAAUAUGAGAUCGAUGGAUCCUCUGCACUAAAGCUGGAUAUUUCACUGGAUACCCCAAUAAUUAUCAUACCGAGGGAUUCAAAGAGCAAAGAUUUCCUGCAACUUGAGUUGGGCCAGCUGCAAGUGAGAAAUGAAUUCAUCUGGCAUGGCUGCCCAGACAAUGAUCCUUCGGCUGUUCAUCUUGAUGUUCUUCAUGCCGAGAUAGUUGGAAUCAACGUCGCUGUCGGAGUCAAUAGUCAUAUAGGGAAGCCGAUGAUACAAGAAGCGCAAGGGCUUCAUGUUUAUGUACGCCGCAGUUUGAGGGAUGUUUUCAGGAAAGUUCCAACAUUUUCUGUUGAAGUUAAGGUUGGUUCAUUGCAUGGUGCGAUGUCUGAUAAGGAUUAUAGUGUUAUUCUCGAUUGUGCAUACAUGAAUAUAAAUGAAGAGCCGAAGCUUCCUCCCAGUUUCCGCAGAAAUAUAUCUGAUCCAAAUGAUACUAUACGCAUGCUAGCUGACAAGGUCAAUAUUAAUAGUCAGAUCUUCCUGUCACGUACAGUCACUAUCAUAGCAGUUGAAGUCAACUCUGCAUUACUAGAGUUAUGUUGUGGCAUUGACGAGGAAUCACCUCUAGCUCACGUUGCUGUAGAAGGUCUUUGGAUGUCAUACCGUAUGACUUCAAUGUCUGAAACAGAUUUUUAUGUAACUAUUCCUAUAUUUUCCAUUAUGGAUAUGCGUCCUGAUACGAGACCUGAAAUGCGCCUGAUGAUUGGAUCUUCCUCUAAUGUAUCCAGACAAAGUCCAAUUACAAAUCUUCCUGUUUCUCUUAGUAAGAGUGCCUCUGUGAGGAUGAACUGUGAAGUUGCUUCUGACAUGGAUUUCCCAAAUCCAACUAUGCUGUUAAUGGACUACAGACUACGGUCUUCUUCAAGGUCUUUUCUGGUUCGAGUCCAGCAGCCUCGAGUUCUUGUUGUUCUGGAUUUUCUUCUUGCUGUAGGUGAGUUUUUUGUGCCAGCUUUGGGAGCAAUAACAGGCCGAGAGGAGAUUUUGGAUCCUAAGAAUGAUCCUAUAACUAGAAAAAACAGCAUAUUCCUCUCGUCACCUACAUACAAGCAGAGUGAAGAUGUGGUGUGUCUGUCACCAAAUAGGCAGUUAAUAGCUGAUGCCCGAGGGGUCGAUGAAUACAUAUAUGAUGGUUGUGGAGGCACAAUCUGUUUAAGUGAAGAAAUCGAUCUGAAAGAAACAUCAUCUCUUACAUUUCUGGCCAUUAUUGUUGUCGGACGUGGUAAGAAGUUGCGGUUCGUGAAUGUGAAAAUAGAGAAUGCUGCCCUUUUGAGGAAGUAUGUGUACUUGAGCAAUGACAGCUGCUACUCAGUUUCUGUAGAAGAUGGUGUUGACCUCGUUUUCUUAGAAGGUUUCUCCUCCGAUAGUGAGAGAAAGAGUAUGGAUCGUCUCCACAGAUCGGUAGAGUCAUCAUCUGGUCCUGUUGCACGCUGUAAGAGUAAUUUGAGUCGGAUGCAAAGUCUUACUUUUGAAGCCCAGGUUGUCUCUCCUGAGUUCACCUUCUACGACAGUACGAAGUCAUUCCUUGAUGAUUCCUUGCAUGGUGAAAAGCUUAUCCGGGCAAAAAUGGACCUGAGCUUCAUAUUUGCUUCAAAAGAAAGUGAUACUUGGAUACGGGCCCUGGUGAAAGAUCUUACAAUUGAGGCUGGUUCAGGUCUCAUUAUUCUUGAUCCAGUGGACAUUUCUGGGGCAUGUACUUCUGUUAAAGAGAAGACGAAUAUAUCUGUGAUAUCGACAGAUGUAUGCUUCCAUCUUUCACUGAGUGUUAUUUCCCUUGUUGUUAACCUGCAAAAUAUGGCAGUUGCAGCACUACAAUUUGGAAAUGCAGAUCCACUGGCUUCUUGCACCAAUUUUGAUCGCCUUUGGAUGUCCCCAAAAGGAAAUGGACCUGGUUACAACCUUACAUUUUGGAGGCCCCGAGCUCCCUCAAACUAUGUUAUAUUGGGUGAUUGUGUAACAUCAAGGCCUAUACCUCCGUCACAAGCAGUAAUGGCAGUCGGUAACACUUACGGGCGUGUACGGAAGCCUCUUGGUUUCAAGCUCAUUGGUUUGUUCUCUGAUAUAUAUGGAUUGGAAGGAGAUGGAGCCCAAUCUGAUGAUGUUGGCGAUUGCUCACUUUGGUUUCCCAUUGCACCACCAGGAUACUCAGCAUUAGGGUGUGUAGCACACAUGGGAAACCAACCACCACCAACUCACAUCGUUUAUUGCAUACGUUCAGAUCUGAUGACUUCUGCAGUAUAUUCGGAGUGCAUUUUUAGUAUUCCAUCAAAUCCAAGGUUCUCCUCUGGAUUUAGCAUUUGGUGCCUUGAUAAUGUUGUCGGAUCAUUUUUUGCCCAUCCUGCAGCAGAAUGUCCUUCCAACAGUGGUUGUGAGCUGUCUCAUAUUCUUUUAAGAAACUCAAACUGGUUCCGUUCUUCCUCAGAAAGUAAUGCAUCAGAUGGUACUCAUAACCGAGGCGAUGGAGAUCAGCAAGGAAGUAAGAAGAGUGCUAGUUCCUCUGGUUGGGACAUUCUCAGAUCAAUUUCAAAACCCAGUAAAUGUUUUAUGUCAACCCCACAUUUCGAAAGAAUUUGGUGGGACAGGGGUGGUGAUCUUCGUCAGGCAUUUUCAGUAUGGAGACCAAUACCUCAUCCUGGAUAUGCCAUACUUGGUGACUGCAUCACUGAGGGCUUAGAACCGCCUGCUCUGGGAAUCAUUUUUAAGGAUGAUGAUCCCGAAAUUUCUGCAAAGUCUGUGCAAUUCACUAAAGCUGCGCAUAUGGUGAGGAAAGGUCUUGAUGAAGCUUUCUUUUGGUACCCAAUUGCUCCCCCGGGUUACACUUCUAUGGGAUGCGUUGUAUCAAGAACAGAUGAACCACCACGUAUGAGUUCUUUUUGCUGCCCACGUAUGGAUCUUGUUAACCAAACUAACAUUCUAGAGAUUCCCAUUUCAACAUCUUCUAGUUCAAAGGGUUCUGACUGCUGGAGCAUUUGGAAAGUUGAAAAUCAGGCCCACACUUUCCUUGCCCGCUCUGAUCUGAAAAAACCAUCUAGCCGUUUGGCUUACAGUAUAGAUGAUUCAGUGAAACCAAAGACACAGGAGAACAUAAAUGGUGAAAUUAAGCUAAGAUGCUUCUCUUUGACAGUGGUAGACAGCUUAUGUGGGAUGAUGACACCACUGUUUGAUACAACAAUUACAAACAUCAACCUUGCAACACAUGGUAAACCAGAGUCAAUGAAUGCUGUACUGAUAUCUUCAAUUGCUGCUUCCACAUUCAAUACACAAUUAGAAGCAUGGGAACCACUAGUGGAGCCGUUUGAUGGAAUAUUCAAGUUUGAAACAUAUAACACCAGCUUAGAUAUAGCAUCAAGAGUCGGAAAGCGAGUGCGUGUUGCUGCAACAAGUAUUGUAAAUAUCAACAUUAGUGCUGCAAAUGUUGAGACAUUUGCAGAAACUAUAGUUUCAUGGAGAAAACAGGCAGAAUUUGAGCAGAAAUCUGUCAAGGUAAACGAGGACGCAAGUAGCCAUCUUAGACACGGGGAAGAUUCAGAUUUUUCAGCAUUGGAUGAAGAUUUUCGGACCAUGGUUAUAGAGAAUAGGCUUGGAUGUGAUAUUUAUCUCAAGAAAGUUGAGCAAAAUUCUGAAACUCUUGAGCUGCUACAUCAUGAAGACUGCAUUUCUGCAUGGAUGCCACCUCCGAGGUUUUCAGAUAGACUGAAUGUUGCAGAUGAGUCUAGAGAAGCAUGCUGUUAUGUUGCUGUACAGAUAUACGAGGCCAGGGGUCUACCUAUUGUUGAUGAUGGAAAUAGCCAUAACUUCUUCUGUGCUUUGCGCCUUGGUGUUGAUAGUCGGGAAACUGAUCAGCGAAAGCUUUUCCCUCAGAGUGCACGGACUAAAUGUGUGAAGCCUUCAAUUUCCAGGUGUAAUGACCUGGAUUCUGGCACUGCCAAGUGGAAUGAAUUAUUCAUAUUUGAAGUUCCUCGGAAGGGACUGGCUAACUUAGAAGUUGAGGUGACAAACCUUGCAGCAAAAGCUGGGAAAGGCGAAGUUGUUGGUGCAUCUUCCAUUCCUGUUGGACCUGAUGUAAAUACGCUGAAGAAGAUGGCUUCAGUGAGGAUGCUGCUUCAGCCAUCUGAUGGUCAAAAGCUUGAGUCAUAUCCACUAACAAGAAGGGGCCAGAUGAGAACUGAUGAAGGGAUAAAUGGUUAUGGAUGUUUGCUUGUUUCUACUUGUUCUUUUGAGAGGAAGACAGUUGCAAACCUUCAUUGGGAGAUGGAAAGUGCGAAUGAGACUGGUAGGGAUUCGGGUUUCUGGGUGGGUCUUAGCCCAGAGGGACCAUGGGAGAGCUUUCUAUCAUUAUUGCCAUUGUCAAUUACUCCCAAAAAGUUGAAAGAAGAUUUCAUUGCUUUACAAGUUGUCAUGAAUAAUGGGAAGAAGCAUGCUAUAUUCAGGGGCCUUGCAACAGCAGUAAAUGACUCAGAUGUCAAGUUAGAUCUAUCUGUCUGUCCUAUUUCUAUGCUCCAUAACACUGCUGUUUCGGCUUCAGAAUCAAGCUGUUACACUGUGGUAGAGGAGGUCUUUGAGAACCAGCAUUAUCAUUCAAUUUCCGGCUGGGGGAAUAGGUUGCCUGGUUUUCGUGGUAAUUAUCCGGGCCGCUGGAGUACAAGGGACUUUUCAUAUUCAUCCAAGGACUUCUUUGAGCCUCCCCUGCCACCUGGAUGGAAAUGGACAUCUACCUGGACUAUUGAUAAAUCCCACUGUGCGGACCAAGAUGGUUGGGCAUAUGGACCCGACUAUCAGAGCAUAAAAUGGCCUCCAAAUUCUCCCAAAUCAGGCACAAAAUCUGCUCAAGAUUUUGUCAGGCGAAGGCGUUGGAUUCGUAUCCGGCAACAAGUAAUUGAUGAAAAUGUCAAUAGUUUAAAAAGUACUGUUGCUGUUAUUGGUCCAGGAUCAUCAACUGUCUUACCGUGGAGUAGUAUGGCCAAGGAUUCUGACUUAUGCUUGCAAGUUCGUCCUUCUGUUGAGCGUCCUCAGUCCCCGUACACAUGGGGUCAUGCAGUUGCUGUGGGUUCUGGCUAUGCCUACGAGAAUGGCCAAUCCUUUGUCGAGCGGGGUUCACUUUCUAGACAAAAUACUAUGAACCUGGGAAAUAUGAAUUCUCUUUUUACAUUUAGGUUGAAUCAGCUUGAGAAGAAGGAUAUUCUUUUGUACUGUUCUCCUGGUAACAGUUGUAAACAGUAUUUUUGGCUUAGUAUUGGCGCAGAUGCCUCAGUGCUUCAUACAGAACUAAAUUCACCUGUGUAUGAUUGGAAAAUCGCUAUCACCUCUCCUCUGAAGUUGGAGAACAGGCUUCCUUGUCCUGCAGAAUUUACUGUCUGGGAGAGAACGAAAGAAGGGAAUAGUAUUGAGAGGCAACAUGGUAUUAUCACAUCACGCAAGAGUGUACAUAUUUAUUCAGCAGAUAUCAGAAAACCUAUUUAUCUUUCAUUGUUUGUACAAGGAGGUUGGGUUUUGGAGAAGGACCCUAUUCUGAUUUUGGACCUGUCAUCACUUGGCCAUGUUUCAUCCUUUUGGAUGGUUCAUCAACAAAGUAACAGGAGGCUGCGUGUGAGCAUUGAACAUGACAUGGGAGGAACUGGUUCUGCUCCAAAGACGAUCAGAUUUUUUGUUCCAUAUUGGAUAAGUAAUGAUUCGUUUGUGCCAUUGGCAUAUCGAGUGGUGGAGGUUGAAACUACAGGCAGCACAGAGACUGAUUCACUUUUACUCUCAAAAGCAGUUAAAUCUGCUAAGAUGGCCUUGAAAAGUCCCAUAAAGCCAAAUGACAGCAGAAAUCCUGGCACACGGAGAAACAUUCAAGUACUAGAAGCAAUUGAGGACACAAGUCCAACUCCUGUCAUGCUAUCUCCACAAAACUAUGUUGGCCGCGGUGGGGUUUUGCCUUUUCAAUCUCGAAAUGAUGCUUAUCUAUCACCACGUGUGGGAAUUGCAGUUGCUAUUCGCCAUUCUGAACAUUACUCUCCUGGAAUUUCUCUACUUGAGCUGGAAAACAAGGAACGGGUUGAUGUUAAGGCAUUUGCAUCAGAUGGAUCUUAUUACAAGCUUUCAGCCCUGCUUAAGAUGACAUCUGACAGAACAAAGGUUGUACAUUUUCAACCACAUACUGUAUUUAUCAAUAGGGUUGGUCGCAGUCUUGCACUGCAGCAGUGUGGGACUCAACCAGUGAAACUAAUCCAUCCUAAUGAUCCUCCAACACAAUUCCAAUGGCAAUCCAUGGCAAAAGUUGAACUGUUGAAGAUGUGUGUGGAAGGACACAAAUGGAGUACGCCAUUUAGCAUUGCAAGUGAGGGUAUGAUUUGUGUCUCUAUGAAGAAUGAUAGAGGAAAUGACCAAAUGUAUGUAAGAGUCGAAAUACGAAAUGGAAUAAAAUAUUCACGCUAUGAAGUUGUUUUUCGCCCUGCAUCAUUGUCAAGCCCUUACAGGAUUGAAAAUCGUUCUAUGUUCUUACCUUUACGUUUUCGACAAGUAAAUGGUACCAGUGAUUCUUGGUGGUGUCUUCUUCCUAAUUCGGCAGCAUCCUUUUUAUGGGAAGAUCUUGGCAGGCAACGACUAUUGGAAGUCAUGGUGGAUGGAGCGGACCCCUCAAAAUCAGAGAAGUAUAAUAUUGAUGAGGUUGCUGACCACCAACCCAUCUCUGUCUCUGGUGGAGGACCUACUAGUGCUUUGCGUAUUACUGUCCUAAAAGAAGAGAAGAUGAAUGUUGUUAAAAUUAGUGACUGGAUGCCAGAAAAUGGACUCACUGCAGUUAUGCCCAGAAGAUCCCCAUCAUCUUUGUCUUAUUUGUCUCAAAAUGAUUUGCAACAUCAACAUUCUCAGGCAGAAUGUGAAUUUCAUGUCAUUGUUGAGCUUGCAGAGCUGGGUUUAUCCAUUAUUGAUCAUACUCCUGAGGAAAUACUCUAUCUUUCAGUGCAGAAUCUUCUUCUGUCACAUUCCACUGGCUUGGGAUCUGGAAUUAGUAGGUUCAAGUUACGGAUGCAUGCAAUCCAAGUGGAUAACCAGUUGCCAUUGACACCAAUGCCUGUUAUCUUAAGACCACAGAAAGUUGGAGGACAGAUUGAUUACAUCUUGAAAUUGUCUUUGACAGCACAAUCAAAUGGAUCCCCAGAUUUACGCAUCUACCCAUAUAUUGGUUUCCUUGCUCCUGAAAAUAGUGUUUUUUUGAUAAACAUCCAUGAACCUAUCAUAUGGCGCCUUCAUGAAAUGAUACAGCGAGUAAACCUCAGUAGGCUUCAAGACAGUCAAACGACUGCUGUCUCAGUUGAUCCGAUUAUACAAAUUGGGGUGCUUAACAUCUCUGAAAUUCAAUUCAAAGUGUCGAUGGCUAUGUCACCUACUCAACGACCAACGGGUGUACUCGGAUUUUGGUUGUCCUUGAUGACUGCAUUGGGGAAUACAGAGAAUAUGGCAAUCAGGAUCAAUCAAAGAUUUCAUGAAGAAGCUUCCAUGCGGCAGAGUGCCCUUAUUAGUACUGCCAUUUCAAACAUUCAGAAGGAUCUUCUCAGUCAGCCUCUUCAACUGCUCUCGGGUGUUGAUAUACUUGGAAAUGCAAGCAGCGCACUUGGAAAUAUGAGCAAAGGUGUUGCAGCUUUAUCAAUGGAUGAGAAGUUCAUCCAAAAUCGGCAGAGACAGAAAAGCAAAGGCGUGGAGGAUAUUGGUGAUGUUAUCAGAGAGGGAGGUGGGGCCCUAGCGAAAGGACUGUUUAGAGGAGUCACCGGAAUUUUGACAAAGCCUCUUGAAGGUGCAAAGUCUUCUGGCGUAGAGGGUUUUGUUCAGGGUGUUGGCAAAGGAAUAUUAGGAGCAGCUGCACAGCCCGUGAGCGGAGUUCUGGAUCUCUUGUCAAAAACUACUGAAGGUGCAAACGCAAUGAGAAUGAAGAUAGCGUCUGCUAUAACUUCAGAGGAACAAUUACUUCGCAGGAGGCUGCCCCGAGUAAUUGGUGGGGAUAAUUUGCUCCGACCAUAUGAUGAGUACAGAGCAGAGGGUCAGGUUAUCUUGCAACUGGCCGAGUCUGGUGCACUUUUUGGCCAGGUUGAUCUCCUUAAAGUCCGGGGGAAGUUUGCUCUAUCUGAUGCUUAUGAAGACCACUUCUCACUUCCAAAAGGAGAGAUUCUUGUGGUCACCCAUCGAAGAGUUAUAUUAUUACAAAAACCCUCUAACAUAAUGGCACAGAGGAAGUUCAGUCCAGCAAGAGACCCAUGCUCGGUAUUGUGGGAUGUCUUAUGGGAUGACCUCAUGACAGUUGAAAUAACUUAUGGAAAGAAAGACCAUCCAAGCUCUCCACCUUCACAGCUUAUUCUCUACUUACAGACAAGGUCGAUGGAGUUGAAGGAUCAUACUCGCAUUAUAGAAUGCAGCCGUGGAACUCAGCAAGCUCUUGAAAUUUAUUCUUCAAUAGAUCAAGCAAUGAACACCUAUGGUCCAAACCACUCAAGGGCAAUGAAGAAAAACAAAGUGACAAAACCAUAUUCACCAAAUACCCAUGACACUUCUGAAGUACUUCCCUGUCUUUGGAGUAGUCCCCAAGAAGUCCCCACGUUGGCUUCCCUGAGCUCAACUUUUGGCAGCAAUGCAACUUGAUAAUCAAAUGGCAAGGCCCAGAAACUCAGUGCCUAUGGGAACAAUGAUUCUUUCUGUCAAAACCAUUCUAAUCUAGAGAUAGAUGAUCGGCAAACUUAUACAUGCCACUUGGAAGGUAGCGCAAACUCCAUAUUUUAAGUACCUCUGUUUAAUUUGUGGUUUGAAUCCUCUUCCUGGUUUUUUCUCUCUGAAAAAUUGUGAAAUGUAUAAUCGUAAUUUUCAUUCUUUGAAGAACUUAUUGGACAUUAAAUAAUAUUUUAUUUCUUAAACAAGAAAAAGUACUUGUAAUAUAUAGUAUUUGGAGGACAUAGAAUUGCCUCUUGAAUUUAUUCAAAAUUGAUACCUCAGCACUAACUUGUAAUUGUCCAUGAGACACCUUUAUUUGAAAUAGGAUAGUUGGAGGCA